AUGGAGCACGGAGAGGAGCCAUGCCCACUAGUGGCUUGGAGCAGGGUCGGAGAAGAGGGCCUUUCUCCAAAGGGCAUCUCUGCUGUGGUCCGUCUUCCGGUCCGAGGAUCUGCAGACACAACAGAAAGGUGUCUCAUUUCGGACUUCUUUACUUACAAUGGAACGGCCACUAUCCUCGCCCACCGCCUGUUGCCAUCUCAGGUAGCAACAGCAGCGAAAACAGCAUCAACAAAGAGAGAUGUUGAGAGCUGCAGGGUGAGCAUUACUGCAGCAUCAGCCUCUGACAGUGGUGUGACGGCUUUGGCCUCGGCAGAGACUGAGGCGGCUGACGCGCCCGUGCAACUGUUCGUCGGUCUGACUAAUGGACAACUGUGGCAAAUGGAGAUGAAACAGCAGCAGGACCAUCGCAACAGCGAACAUGAGAGGGGACUACCUCGUAGACUCUCUGUCUCCUCGAAGCAGCUGUUGUGCUGCCGUAUGGCUGAACCAAUCGACAUGAUUUGCUGCUAUGUCCAAGGGGAAGGGAUCCCAGCAUCAGUGGGGGCCCAGGAUUCUGAGAAGAGUAGCACCAGAUACGCCCUAAUGCUAAUUGCGUUGUACAGCGAUGGCGUUGCCGUUGUCUCGUGGCCAGAAACUUCUCAAACAAAAGAACUCCCUGCUGUGGACGGAGGCUGUCGUCUCACGUUGUCACCCCAAGGGGAUCGCCUGGCUAUCAGCACCCGAAAGCGGCGCUUAGUUUUGCUGGAACGAAAAGGGCAACAAUUUUCAGUUGUGAAGGACUUUUCACCGCUUAGACUCGCAGGCCCCGCUGACCCGGCAGCUCAGCCAACAUGGGCUGGGGAGGAAAAACUACUGAUCCCAGGGGCCCCGCAGCUGCGCUCCUCAUGCAAGACAAGUGCGUGGGAGGAGGCAAAAGAGGCGCCAGCUCUAACGGGAGCCCAUGCUCCAUCCCAUUUGGUUCUCCUACAGCACUGUGGUUUUGCUGAUGAAGGAAAAGCGCUCGAUGCCCCAGGGAACUGUGUUGGAGAGCCACUCAUUUGCGGUGUAUCGGCCACCUUGGAAAUAGGCAUUUGGAAGAUGCAGCAAAAAGAACCCCUAUUGAUGAUACAAACUGGAGGGGAUGUUCAGCUUAGGAGUAUUUGCUGCCUGACCGCCAACUCCCCCCUUGCCCCUUUGUUGCUGUUGCGGAACGACGGUUAUUUGGGUCUUCUUGCUUUGCGUCGUGAGGAUUUGCGAGCUGCCAUGGAGAGUUCAGCUGCGGCAGCACCAGCUGCAGCAGCUACGGCUGCCGCCUCACCUAUGCGCGCAGGUGCACUUAAAGCGCAGGCGCAGUCAACCGAGAAGUCACCAAAACCGACGGCAGAAAAUGCGGAGGAUGAGGACACCAAACACAGUGCCGCUUCUGCGAGAUCAGUUAAAGAUUUUCUAAGUCGAGAAGCUGCCGAAGCUUCAGCUGAGGAAACGGAAAGUGAAGCGCAGGAAAAUGACCUCUUCAAUGGGAUGGAUCCUGAGGAAAGAACCAAAUGCGCCGUAUCCAGCAUGUGCUCCCACUACUUCAUUUUUGGCAGCAUGGGCUUCCAUCCCGUGCCUUCGAAUUGGGUUGUCGGCUUGUCUGCAAGCAAAAACACAAUAGACAAAUUCAGCACGAACAUUUUAGGAUGCGCUCCGUUGCGGCUGAGGCGCGUGAGUUCAACACCAGGAAAUGCGAAUUGUACGUGUGCAAGUGCUCAAUUUUCUUGUUUCGUGAACAAUGGUGCAGCCCCUCAGAAGAAACGCACUCACAAGCACCGCAGACGACCACCAGCGGGAGCGGAAGUGGAGAGCCAAAGUAGCGAUCCGGAGUCGGGCGGCUCCCGCAGAUCCUCCAUUGGCGGAGAGGGAAUAUAUGCUGGCGGUGCUGAAGGUUUCGCCACCAGCCUCACUGCGUUGCAGUCGGAGUUGCAGGAGGCUCAGGCGAUGCUGAAUGCGCUGCUCAAGAAGCAACACGAAACAAAGCAGCGGGUUAUCCAUCCAGGCGGUGGGCCCCAGCCAAAAGACCCGGGGAAGCCCUGGUGUCUGUAUUGGACCCAUUUCGGCCACAUCACCAAAACCGUGACAGCGGAAAAUUCUGUGCUUGACGUCUUCAAUUUUUCUCCUGGGGCCGUUGCUGAGGGAACUGCGCACAGAAAGCUCGCGGAUCUGCAUAAUUCCUCGGCCGCUGCUCUGUGUGAGUGCCCUCCCGAGGAUUUAGAUUUAAGGAUGGCUAGUUGCUCUUCGCUGUUCUUGCCCACAGAGCCGGUGAAGUGCUGUUCAACAGACACUAGAAUCUGCUGUUUUUACGCAGGCAGAGCUGGCGUUGUCUUGGCCUCUUCUGGUUCCUCUCGGAGUGUCAUGGAGUUUCGUUGCUUCUUGGAUGCCGGGUCAUGGGUAAAGCAUUUCGCCGAGGGAGAGAAAAUUGUUGCGGUAGCUGCAGGAGAUUCCUUCGUGGCCGCAGUGACUGAAGACAGGACGCUACGCAUCUUCACCUUAGGGGGGAUACUGUUGUAUACGGCCGACGUUUUUGGCAGACCUGUUUCGCUUUGUGGCUCGCAGCAGUUACUGAUUGUUUUGACACAGACUGGAUGCAGCGAGGGCUUUCUGCAGCUGCACUGCUCCGUACUGCACGUGCAUCCAAGCCCUUCUUGCCCCAAUUCCACUUUUCGUCUGCCUAUUUCUUGCUUCAAGCGGCGGCUAGCGGCUCCCCCUGUCGCCGCUGCGUCUAUUCCGGAUGUCGACAUAAUUCACGAAGGAGUUGUGCGAGGAUUAUUACCGGUCGGCUCCACCAAUAUAGGGGGAUUAGGUUACGCCUUCAAAUGGGUGAAGCUUUGCUUACUUGAAGAUGCCUCAGCCAACGUUCCUCUCUUUCCAGUAAUCGUCGACGAAACGAAAGGCGAACUCGGUGUCGUACGGCUAAAGGCGGGUGAAGAGGGUCUUUCUUUUCCUGACUGUUCCGUUUCUGAAGCUUUCUUCGGGUACACAAUGGAACAUAUUCCCCUCCGCAUCCCCUCUCCUGACCUGUGGAGCUAUGCCCGAUGGCAAAGGCUUUUGCGGCAAGACAAGCAGCUGAAAGGUGUCGGUGACGGGGGAGGAGAUGCCGCUCUGGUGCCGUGGCCUCAGUAUGACGAACUGCGGCUACAACAGGAAAUGGCCAUUAGGCAAUUAAACCAUUUUGUCAGCAUUUGUGGGGGAUCGGCUUCCGGUGGCGCCGAAGGAGAUGCUGAGGCCCGGGAAGCUCAGAGAAAGCUGCAGCUUCUUAGCAAGAGGCAUGACAAGUUUUGCUUGCGGGGGUUUGCCAAGUGCACGGACGACAAAAGGCUGCAUGGGGUAGCCAAGGACAUGGCACUGCGCCUUAAGACAGAAAAUGCCCCCCAGCAUGCUCGUUCCCUCCUUGACUCUGAUACGCGUCUCCAGACGGAGCAACUAAGAGAAGCACUGCUGUGGCAGGAGCAGCAACGCCAGCACUUCUUUGCGGCAGCAGCAGCACCGGCACCGGAUCCGACCACCUUUCAAAAUGAAAACUCUCCACCGCCGGAGCAGUCAGUUGAACAGGUGGAACGAAAGUACUCUGGUUCUGGAGGAGCCUCUUCAGCGCUGCCACCUGAAAAGAAGUCCAGUAUUCAGCGUCUGCUUCAGUGGCAGCAGUCGCAACAACAGCAGCAACGCAAGGGUGGAGAUGGGGGUCUGGUUGCUCUUUUUGAAGGCCAGAAACGCAGAGCAUCUGAAUCACACGCCGACAGGGCGAGCAAGAAGACCUAUUUCCACAAGGCUGAUUGA